AUGCGUGCUCUGAACGGCUUGGAAUCUAUUCACCGCGUCGUGUGCGGGGACUGUCACGACUUUAAGUUGAUCGUCACGUUACACGAAUCGAAUUUCGCGGUUUGGGAGUGCGAUGAGUUUACUUUUGAAGCAGACGUUGUGAAGCAACUCGAGGCGAUUGACGGCGUUUCCGCAUUCGAAAGCCAAACGUAUACGUUUACGGAUUUGACAAAGGAAGAAGAGAAAGAAGAGAAAAAAGAAGAAAAAGAAGUGGUGAAGAAGGUGGUCGAAAAGAAAGAAGAGGAAGUUGGUGUUGUCUUCUAA